GAAUAGAGUAGUCCGUUAUACUCUUCAAACUCAGAGAGAGACGAACAUUGAAUCUUGCAGGGGAUCGAAUUGAGCAGUCACUUUUAGGCUUCGAUUGAAAAACGCAAUGACUCGUUCGGAGAAUUUUUGUCGUUGGUGCGGGUCUCGCUCAACCGACCUCGCGCAUGACGGUGUUUUCUUAGCAUGUCGAGCUUGUAGAUCCGGCCGCUGUUACCUAUGCCAUGGUGUUAAGCAUUUUCCUGCGCUUUGUCUCGAACUUGACAAGUUCUCGCGGAGGAAUGAAAGCUUGGUCCGGCCACUUAUUCCUUCGGGUGUUACGAUGUGUGAGAUGAUGAUGACACAUUUAGAUCUGACUAUGCGUGCAGUCAAGAGAUUGAAGAACGAGUUUGUUCACAACGCUAAUGUUGAAUUGGCUGAAGUGUUUCUUGCUCAUCCACAUCUUACCCAUGCUAUCACUGAGAUGGUUGAUGCUAUAGAACUCGGACGUUGGCUAUACGUGGUCUUUCUGUUCCACCCACGUCUGGAACAACUCGUACGCCCAGCCUUCUCUCGCAUGGUGAAAUCUUUCAGUCGGUUGUUCACAGGAUUCCCCGAGCCCUUGUCUGACCCACAGAACUGGGAUCUGUCUUCUCUGCGUCGUGCUUUAGGGGAGUCGAUGUCUGAAGUCCUCUUCCUCCUGCUCGAAUACAGGAAAGGUGCUGUUGGUUUUGGAGAAGCAUCAGGUUCUGGGGGGUCACGUGCUGGAAAAACCAAAAGAGGAGGUCCUUGCUCUGCCAGAAAGGAACCGGACCUUGCUUCUGCUGGAGAAGAAACUGUGAGUUCUGCUGGAAAGGAACAGGUUCAUGGAGGAGAGAAGUCAGCUCAGUGUGUGUUGUCUGGAGAAGACACUGGGAGUUCUGCUGGAAAGGAACAUGUUUAUGGAGAGAAGGCACUAGCUGGAGGGGGAGAUGAGUGUGUGUUUGCUAGAGAAGACACGGUGGGUUCUUGCUCUGCUGGUGGAAGAGCAGAGUUUGCGUUCUGUGGAGAAGAUUACUUUGCUAGAGGAAGAGGUUAUUGGUCGUCUGCAGCUGUUGGACAAUAUCUUGAGGCUCUACUCUACGAGGCCACGUGCUGGAUGAGCAAGCAUUCCAGGCGGUAGAAGCCUUUUAAAACCUUGAUCCAUUUUUCAAGUGUUUCGUGGCUGAACGUUGAUAAACUUUUUGUCGAUGAUGCGGUCAUAUUCUUUGUAGAUCAUUGAGUAGAGUUUUGG